GUCAGUUUCAAAACAAAAACAAUUAGGAAAGCGUUUACCGGUGAAAACUAAAUAAGUGCGCAAAAAAUGUCUCUGUUCCCGUACGUGUUGCGCGACAUGAUGCGACCCCUCAGGAUGAUGGAGAACCACAUGCGGCUGGCCGAGGAGAUGUUCAGGCCCGUGUACAUCAACGGGCCCCGGAUCGCCGUCGACUAUCAGGAAGAUUUCAAUCAAAAGGACAAGUUCCAAGUCAGAUUGGACGUGCAAGACUUCAAGCCGGAGGAGAUCACGGUGAAGACCAUCGACGGUAACGCCAUACAAAUCGAGGCCAAGCACGAAGAGAAGAAGGAUGAGUACGGGUUUAUUUCGAGGCAAUUUGUGAGGAAGUUCGUCCUGCCGCAGGGACACGACUUGAAGGGGGUCGUGUCCACUUUGUCGUCGGACGGGGUGUUGACCGUAACCGCCCCGAAAGUUCUAGAGGAGCCCAAGGUGACCGAAAUUCCCAUCACUCAUGUGGAGGGCGAGAAAACGGCAGCUAAGGAGGAAAAGAAGUCUGAAUGAAUCGUUUUGUGAUAUUAUGUUAGCGUGUUAUCCUUUUAUUUAGUAGUUUAGUCCUUAAGUAUGUCAAUAAAUUACUAUUAUUUGUAAAAAUGUUAAAUAUAUGUUAAAUAAAAAUGUUAGUUUAUGUUUUACCAAUA